AUGGCCAUGGAGCAGGGAAGAGUGACGGAAUUCAAAGGAAAGAGCCUCGACCAGAUACAAAUUGAGCCUGAAGGGAGAGCAGUAGAGAUCCUCUCACAAACGGACGGGCUAAAAGAAACUUCAAGCGGAGAACCUUCAACCAUUCAUCCAGAUGCACCCCAUGGUAGUGGCAGUGCCCCUUCUGAACGUUCGCUCAGGGAGAGAUGGGGGGUUGUUCUAGUCGCUCAGGAGAGAUGGGGGGUUGUUCUAGUCGCUCAGGGAGAGAUGGGGGGUUGUUCUAGUCGCUCAGGGAGAGAUGGGGGUUGUUCUAGUCGCUCAGGAGAGAUGGGGGGUUGUUCUAGUCUAGUCGCUCAGGAGAGAUGGGGGGUUGUUCUAGUCGCUCAGAGGUCGCUCAGGAUGGAGAGAUGGGGGGUUGUUCUAGUCGCUCAGGGAGAGAUGGGGGUUGUUCUAGUCGCUCAGGAGAGAUGGGGGUUGUUCUAG